GUACGCUUGAAUAACUACACUGUUACGCAUGAGAAGUCAGAGAUAGGACAAAAUAUAACAGAGGUCGUGUUUAUUAAAAUAAACAUUUAUAUUAAUUAAAAACAAUCUCACAUGACCGUUUGUAGUAAAAAUGGGCAAUUCUGACAGUCAUGAAGUCACCUUAGAAAAAGAUGGCGAAAAAUUCGUCCAAACUGCUGAUGGUAUAAAGCUUUCUCCUGCCCUUGUGAGAAAGCUAUCGAAUAAAACUGAAUCAAACCGAAGUGCUGGUGACUCACCAAAAAAUGCGGAUGACUCAGCAAAACUUGCCCACGAGUGUCAAAUACUUCUCGAUGAACGAGAAAAACAAAUGACAGCGCUUGCUGAAAAGUUUCAAAACGAUUUACAAAAAGAAAAAGAAAAGCAUCAAAAGUUUUAUGAAUUGUCAUUGGAAGAAUUUCAAAACGCUGCUGAUGAAGCAGAAAAGAAGUUUAGAAAACCUCAUUUAGUCCCAGUUUGCCAAACAUUUCAAGAGGAUUUGAUUGAAUGUUACAAAAAUAACCCAGGAAGAUUGCUCGAUUGUAGUGAACAUAUGGAAACCUUCAAGAAAUGUGUGAAUAAUGCUAAAGAGAGCCUUUUAUCAAAAUCCCACCCUGCAGCAUGACCCAGAACCCAAGAUGUUUCUUCUUUUAUAAUUCCCACAACCCACCCCCACACGUUGGUGCCACUCAGCCAUGUUUUCAAUAUUGUUUAUUUUGGCUAAAACGAUAAAAAUAAAAAUGUGUGCAAUUGA